AAUUGCACGUGAAAGAUGGCAGAUCUUCGAGAACCUUUCGAACUGUGUAAAGUCUUGCAAAAUGGCUCGCUUAUUGGAAUAUCAAGACUAACUGGAGAUGAAAAUGUUCUCCUUACGUUUAGUGAUAGAAGAGUUCUUGUUUACAAUGUGAGUAUGGCAACACUGAGGAGAGAAGUUGAAGAGUAAAUGCCCAUUGAAACUUAAAGUUGUCCUAAUUCCUGUGGAUGAAAAUCCAAGUAUUAAUGUAAUGCUUUUUUUAUCACAUAGCUGCAACAUCAGAAACUUAUCAACAGCUGGUCCGUGGAACAAAGAGAUGAAGUAACUAGUGCUGCAGUUUAUAAUCCUGUCGAUAAAACUUUCCUGAUGGCCGUAAAUAAGACGGUAUGACAUCGAGCUACAUGUGAUGUUUAUGUGUAUACAAUUUUGUAAUAAGAUCUCAACUCACCCGCCAUUUAAAACAUAUCUAAAUUUUGAAAUAGACAAGGGAAGUGUUCAUGCACUUAGUGAACCCUCUUCCAACGCACGUCAGGGCUCAUUUAGUUAAAUUUCUUUUUAAUAUUUGUAACUAAAAAGCACAUGGCCACUAUAGCCACAUCCUGUCUUUGAAUCACAAAUCAAACGUACCGUCUUUCACAAUGAGAUGACGUCUCACCGCUUCUACUUUUGCACUUGUCUUUAUAUAUUUAGGAGAUUUUCAUGUGGAAAGAAACUGAUUCAGAUUUAAAUUCAUGUCAAAGAAUCCAAGUAAGUUUUUUUUGUGUUUGAUAUUUAUUAUAUAUGUAUAGCAUAAGUCAUACAGAUCCUUGGAUGAUUUAACACAAACUUCAAAAUAAUCUUACGUAACAAUUGAGCUAACAUGAAAACAUUACAAGUUGAAAGAUAACUAAGAAAUAGACCUUAACCUUGUCUCUUCAAAGAGAUAUUUCUUGCAACUAAAUAAUUUGACAUGUCACAACUUUAUUUCACAUUGACUUCAGAAACAAGACAAACCUGGAAUAGUAAUUUGUCCUUGGAAAAAAUGAAGUGCUUACCUAUCAUUAUGAUUUAGAUACAUUGAGGGAUACCAUCACAACUGGCCUCAGCAAUUUAAAAUUAAAGCGAAUAUUAACAUAUUUAUAUUUCUUUUAGUCAGAGAAGAAUGUGUUUGGUCUCCAUGUGUGGAACCAUCUUAAAGUUGAUCCACUUGUCAUGUUUGAGGAUGGGUCCUCAAUGUUUUUGGCUGAUCUUCUUCAUAACAAUGAAGAAAGAAAAGCAAAAAGGAGGAAAGCCAUGAAGUGUACACAUGAGUAAGUUUCUUUUGAUAGGGAAACUGUCAAAGUUUGGAAGACAUGGUCGCCUUUUGCCUAGCUAAGCUUGGAUCAGCUGUUGUGUAAACUAGCAAUGCUUCUUACUACCUUAUGCCCUUGGAGACAGAGCUGAAAGCACAAUUAAAUAAAGGGGGUUGAUUUCUUAACCCUUUAACUUCCAGAUCAAAUUUGCCAUUCUCCUUACUGUUAACCAUACAAUUCUUAUAAUGUUAGUUCAGAGAAUUUAGUAUUGGAUCAACUAACUAUCCCCAAAUUAAUAUUUUUCUUUAUUCUCAUCACUCAUCUGGUUGAUAUUGAAGUGAUAUUGUAAGGAGAAAUUCUUUCCUGGUCACUCAUGGGAGUUAAAGGGUUUAGAAACUGUGGUGCUUAUUUUGGAAGGGGUAUCAUAACAUAAUUUGGUUUUGUCAACUGAGUGGAUGAAAUAAAUUGACCACUGUAAAGAGAUUCUAAAACUGAUGUUUUGAGUGUUAGUGCAUUGUCAGAGCAAAUGGAGGAAUUGUGAUAAUUCACGAUAUUUUUUUUAUUUUUCAGCCUUCUUUGGACUUCUGUUUUCCAUCACCAGAAUCAACUGUCUUCUGUAUCUCUAAGAAGAGAUGUAGGUCUUUUAAAUGUGUACCUAAAUUUACAUUGUAAUGAUUUUUAUUUUUUAUUUUAAUUUGUGAUAUUCUUAGGUUUUGUUCUGUUCUUAUUUUUGAGUCAAUUUUGUGUUCAUUAUUUAGAAAUUAUCUGAAUUGGCUGGGAGGAUUUUGCAGUGAUAUUAAUGUUAACUUAUUUAUUCUUGUAAGUAUGGUGUCUUUCUCAAAAGUUUUGUCUUUCUUGUGUGCUCUCUGAUGUUUAGGAAAAGAAUGAGUACAUUUUAAAUGCUACAAAUCAUGGAACACCAGCUCACUGGAAUCCAAAGAACCAGGCAAUGGAGUUCAAAUUAACACCUCCUGAAGAGGUAAUGACUAAAACUUACUAUGAGUUCUCCUGAUCAAGUGUCAGCUGCAAAUCAGCAUCUUAAUGUAUGAACAAACAUAGGCUUUUUAAAGCACGAGAACAAGCAUUGGGUGUGGGAAAGCAAUUGUGUAAUUUCAACUGGAGCUAUUGGUUCACUUGGUCCAUGGAUAACGAUGUAAGAGAGGAUAGAAAGGCAGUAACCAAUCUAAAUUAGACCUGAAAAACUAAAUUUGGUGUUAAAAGGGGGCAUAGAAAUUGUGGUCAGUGGGAGAGUAUAACAUGGUGAUUUGGUUUUAUCAACUGAGUUGCACCAUAAAUUGGCCACUGUAGAGAGUUUCAAACCUGAUGUUUCAAGCAUUAGCCUGUCAUCAUUUGCUCUGACGAAGGACCAAUGCUUUAAACAUCAGCUUUGACACUCUUAACGGUAAUACCAAAUUACUAAAUUUGAUCUUGUUUUGCUCAUGCUGUUAAUGUUUUUGAAAACACAGAAGAAAAGAUAGAUUAGAGUACCCAGCAAUGUGCCUGAUUAAAAAAUUAGAAGUUAAUAAACACAGCCAAGGAACCUUCUAACCUUGAUAUGCUAUGUGUUAAAUUUGUGUUGAUUGCAUGUCAAUGAUAAUUUUUAAAGAUUCAGAUUAAGUGAUUUGAUAGACCUCUUUCAUAAUGGAAAGUUUUAUUUGCACCAAAUUCUCAUACCUAAAAUCACAUGAAAUGUGUGGCAGACAGAAGGGAGAGUUGAUGUUUAGAUCUUGGAUGUCAAAGGGUUAAGAAGUGUAUGCAUCCUAUUGUAGUGGCUGACGUUUUGAGUGUUAGUUCCUCAUUGGAGUGAUUGGAGGAAUUGUGGGUUGUGUGUGGGUUUAUAUGUAGAAAAUGGAGUUACUCAAUGAGAAAACAAGAAUAAAUUAGUUGAGUGAAAAGUGCUCUUUGAGACUGUGGGGAUUAAGAGUGCUGAUUUAGAAGAUAAAUUUUUUUUCUAGAGUUUUGCUGACAUCAAUUUAAAUUGUGAUUUUAGGAUGCUGAGCUAUUGUGUGGCUGUCUAUAUGAGGAAGGAUGUCAUUUAGUAUCUUACUGUAAGUAUUUAAGUAAAUGAGUAGCUAUCAAGCAUUCACUACUAAAAUGAUAUAAGUGAUAAACUAAACUUUUUUUGGUAAAAAUUGAAAAAUAAAAAAAUUUAGAGUCAUUGAAUUAUGCAAAGCUAACUAUACUAAAGGUAUUGUAGAUAGGGCUUAAGUGGGAACCUUUUAUGGGAAUUCAAAAUCAUGAUCUAUUACCAUUUUAAAGAUCUAACCCCAAAUUCCUCUUUUGUUGUGGUUUUCCCAGGGUCCAGUGGAGCUCUUUGUCUCACCGAGCUGGAAACAGCACUAAAACAGAAACAAGGUGGUGAAAUACUGGAUCUUUCCUGCAAAGUAAUUCAGAGGUUACAACCUCUGCAACAUGAAAGUAAUAAGGAAAAGGUAUUACUGACAAUUAUGUUUUGUUAUCAGUUGCAUCUUUGAUCACUACAUGUAUGACAUACUGCAAAAUGCUGGAGCAGAAAUGUGGUAAUCCAAUGAUUGUUAGAAUGCUGUACUGUGAUUAAAAAAGUUCAGGUUUAAGCCCAUGAUUGGGAUUGUUGUGUUGUGUUUUGAGACCAGAGACUUGCUCAUUCUUAGAGUACCUCUUUCCAGGCACAAGUAUAAAUAAUGUGCACAAGAGAACUAAGAGCAAAACAUGCUGAAAUGUUGGUGAUAACCUGUGAUGUAGUGGCAUCCUAUCCAUAGAAAAGAGCAAUACUUCUCAUCACUAUUCUAGAGAAUCUGAUGUAAGCUCAAGUGAGAACACUAGCAGGAUGUAGGGUGCUUGUGAACCAUUCCUUACCCUUCGCAUUUAAUUUGUUAUGGCCUCAACUGUUGUUUACCUUGUUCAGACCACAUGAGAAAUCUAUGACAUAUGAAGCUAAAGAGGUUUAUUGCCUCCUGGUCUCUCCUGGGAGUGAAAAGGAUAAUGAUAUUGUAUACAACAUUUGCCUUGUUUUCUUAUUCAGAGGUGUGUAGCUAUGUCAGCUGUAGACCUGGAUCAUAUUUGUCUCUGUGGAAGCAGCAUGAUUGAUGGGAAAUUGAAAGGUACAAAGUCAUAUACAUCUUGUUGCAAAUAGUUAAAGAGAAAACAAUAAAUCAUAAUUUGAAGGAUGUUAUCUUCAUAUCACACCAAACUACAUGUUUGUCUCUGUGGAAGCAGCAUGAUAGUUGGAAAAUUGUUGCAAAUAGUUAAAGAGGGAAGAAUAAAUUUUAAUUGAAGGGUAUUAUCUUCAUAUCACACCAAACUACACAUUUGUCUCUGGAAGCUGCAUGAUUGUUGGAAAAUUGGAUGGUACACCUGUACAAAGUUAUUACAUUAUGUAGUGAAUAGAUAAAGAGAAUGGAACAAAUUAUAAUUUGAAGGGUGUUUCAAACCAGACCUCUCCUUUUCAAAAAUAUGACAGAUUUAAAUGCAGUCUUUUUGUCGUUUCAGAUGUGGUCAUGAUAUGGAACAUAAAGUAUGGUACUUUGCAGUCAUGGCAGACUUUGGACAAAAUCAUUGAAAAACAGAGUUCACUGCUCAGUUACUCACGGAGUAGAGGAGCGGGCUGUGUAUGUUGUAUUCCAGGCUUCAUUUGUAUUGGCUUUCAUCAUCUUGUAGCUGUAUGUCAGUUCUCAAUUGAUAGAAGCUCGUUAGCAUCUGCUCUGGGACAACUAGAUUCAACAGCAAAGUAAGUGAUUCAUUUAAGUAAAGUUCUGUUUUUUCAAACUCUUAACCUUUUUACUUUACCAGUCAAGGCUGGUUGCUAAACAUAUGUAAUGUCAACAGGGUCUUUAUGAUUGUUUCGUUAUAUGUUCCCUCGGAUCCAAUCUUCGGCCCUCACGGAAGGAGCAUGAGCAGUGACUGGUAAUGGAGCCAGCUGCUUGACAAGAUCACCUGUUACAUCUCUCAUGUGCACAGUGUUCAUAUUUUAUUUGGGAUAUCAACAUGUAGAUUAAUGGAUAUAUUAAAAUGUUCCAUGGAGUCCAACUAUACAUCCCUAAAUCACUGAUCUUCAGAUCAAUAUCAGUAUCUGAGCAACUGCAAACUUUCCCCUCCCCUAGCCCAACUAUAACCCUAAAUUGUUAUCAGUUAAUUGUUGUUGGUUAGGGGAGAGGUAGGUGUACAGUUGUUAAGAUACCUGCAUUGAUCCAGAUCAACCCCUCACCAUGUUCUUGCCAGCAGGUAUUCUUCCCCACAGCCGUUGGUUGGUCUUGUUACUCAACGCCUCUUCUUUAUCAAAAGGCAAAGGAGACUACAGGCUUGAUUUCCGCCGUUUUCUCGGACCCAGUGUCUGUGGGAGAAGCUUGGGCUUAUCUCCUGAACAGCGUUUGGCAAUUGAGCUUGAGGAGACCAGCCAGCAUGCAGUUUUGAAAUGUUUGAACUAUUAAUUUUCUCUGCAUAGGUUCCUUAGGAAUAACAAAGUUAAACCAGAGCUGCUCAUUACGCCAAAGUUAGCAAGACCAGGCGAGGUGGGUAAUUUUUGAAAUGAAGACAGUAAAUUGGUUUGUGGGAGAUAUGUGUUUUUCUUAUAAUAUAUAUUGGUCCUACUUAUAAUAUUGUUAUUUGAGCAGGCUCUCAAGCACUGGCAAGAGACAAUUGUGAGAGAGGAUGAAGUGGAAAAAGAGGUUCUACAGAAGUUAAAAGAUCCAUCAAAGGUACACCUUUAGACUAGAAUGAACUCAAGAAUUUUAACAUUUCAGCUAAUCUAACACUUCAUGUAAGUAAUAAGAACAUAAUAGUUUGUUUGAUACAUGGCCUUCGAGCACAGGUCGCCAAAUUGGCAAUUUCGCCACAGGUUUAGUGUCUAAAAUGAUUUCUGCUCGUCUUUGUGACCAAAAUGAUCGUAGCGUGGAGCGCUGUCUAUAUAUCGCCAGAAUCAGAUAUGGCAAAAGUUUUGUAUGUAGAGGAAGAUAAGGACUGAAGGCAGUAUCAGCUGAGAACAGUCAUCAAAUAAAGAAGGAAGGUAGAUAUCUGUCACAAACUUGAAACAAAGAACUUAUCUGAGCAUCGCAUGAGUAUCCGAACCUUAGAACUUUCAUCCCAUUAUGUGGGAGAUAUCUAUUAACCUGUAUUUUUUCCUCCUUGCUCUGAUUUACAGACUCCUACACUUGAGGUGUUCUCUGCGGAACUUCGGAAAUACAUGGAAUUUAAGCUGUCUGAAAAAGGUAUGUAAACCAAUAACCCACUUUCAAAUUACCGUUGGCCUCAUUUUCAAAGCGAGUCCUGGUGCUCAUCCUUUCAUAUGAUUGUAACUUUUCAUUCACACGCAAAUAAAAUCAUUUUUCACUUGAAUGGUUGAGCGCGUUUUUAAAAAGAGGCCAAAGGGACUUCGGAAAUGGCCUAUUGUUGCUGGUACGAGAGGGGUCCCUACUGGUUUUUCACUGGGGAUCUAACCUUACCCUCCCCUUCCCCACGAGAGGGGAGACGCUCUUGAUGAUCUCCAUGCCUAGCGUGUACAUCAUGACUCGGUUCAUGAACUGAUUUUUGUUUAUUAACGAUCUUUUGCAGAUGAAAAACUUGAAAAUUCCAAUCAAUCACCGGAAUCUAACAAAGCUGUGCCUGUGUUUGUGGGAAAGGUAUGUUGUGAAAAAGAAAAAACCUUAUUUUCCGGUUUCAGUUUUGGUUAAGCCAUCACCUUUCAAUUAGUGACAAAAAAGAUUUAGACGUGUAAUACUGUCUAAUUUUAUGAACAUUAAACAAAAUUUAAUCCGCUAUCCUCCUCUUUCUAAUAAGCGGUUUUGGGAUCAAUAUUAGUAUCUGGGCAACGGCCCACCUACCCCUCCCCUAACCCAACAACAGUCAAUUGAUAACAAGUUAGGGUGAAUGUUGGGUUAGGGGAGGGGUAGGUGGGCCGUUGCCCAGAUACUGAUAUUGAUCUCGGUUUUGUAUACUUUGAUUUUAUUCUGGUGAUGUUCAGUCGAAAUGUCUCCAAAGACUGGUAACGAUAAACACAAAGAAACAAUGAAAACUCUAAAAAAUGUUGGUAGCUGUUUUUAUAUUUACAAACUGAGACCAAACAUUUUUAACAUUCUCCAGUUGAUGAUAACUCUGGUUGUGUAAUCUCGCCAUGUUCGUUACUGAUCUCCUAUCAAUAAUGAAAGAAGCAAUUAAGUUAUGUUUAGGAAUCUCAAGGGUUUAAUUUUAAAUAUUUUGUGCCACCUCUAGUUUGGUAAGAGGACAGAAGUAUUAUCACAACAUUUUAUAUCCAGCGUCUUGACGAGAUGUACCGAAGAGAAAAACUUUUGGGCGAGGGACUCUAUAUCUGAGCUCCUCAAAACAAAGUGUGUUCCAUCCAGGUAUGUAGAAGGGUACACAAAACGGUCAUGGUACUCACAAUGGUACUUGCCUGCGUAGCGGGUAACUGCGCGCGAGUGAUGUAGAUCGACCCACCCGAGCUGGAAUACAUGCGCAUAUAACUAAAAGAGCUCUCUCGCGUCGUGUGCGCGCGUGUGUUUCUUUUUUUCUUGCUUAAUGCCUACAGGCUACAACGGCACACCUCAGUGAUACAGUUUUGGGUCUAGUUUGGCGAUUUACGUAGUUUUCUUUUAAUUUUUUAAGUUGCAGUAAAGAUUUACUAAGAGCUAUUGUGGAGAGGAAUGACUUGGUGAGUGCGUCUGCAAAUAUAUUUGUUUAUUUAACCACGAUUUUUCGCUCAAAGAGAUACCAAGCAGGUGAAAAGUGUCACAUAUUACGACAGGGAAAGUUUCUAAGCGCUGUUUUGUUCCGGAGUUUUACUCCCACACAUACAGUGUACUUUAAUCACCAUACUUGGAGACUGGUCAGCGGAAUAUGUUGUAGCUUCGAUUCUUGUACCCUUGUUUUACCUUAGAAAGCUUUGCAGCGAGACGCCUGAUAUGGGUGAUUUUCGAUUGUCCACUCAGUUGUUUAGGACAGUGAUGGAUAAGGCGUAAAAAAAAAAAAUGAAAAUUGAAGUUCCAGCUCAGGUGACUAGCUCUUGUUUUGCCAAGAGUCUCAUUGUUUUCGGACCACUUUUGUACACCAUUGAUAAGGAUUGACUCACUUUGGAGAUACCUCUGUUCAUGCCAGGGCUUAAUGUUUACAUUGAUUUUGUAGGAUUUACUGGAAGAGUGUUUUGACAACAUAGAUGGAAUUGCUGAAGACACCGUCGUUCUCUGCGCUCGCCAUAUUUUAAGGUUUGUCAUUAUUCUAAACUGACAUUUUGAAUGUUUGUUCUCUGGAUAAGAAUUGAUGCGGUGUUAAGGAAGAAAAAGGUUGGAGGGAGUCGGUUAAGCGCGCGAGACUCCGCGAAGUGAAGCAAAACCAACGCAAUUUUGGAUCACUUGCGACACUGUUGUUGGGAAUGUCUGUUUAGGGAAUGUAAACUACCUCAACUUUGUCACCAAGCUCAGCACCGUUUACCCUCUACCUUAAGUUACUUAUUGCCCCAAAAAAGUUAACCAAUUUUCCUUCUCUUGUAGACUGGAUCAUCUAAUACUUGACGAAACAUCGAAAGAAAAUCAGAAAGAGGAAUCACAGGAAGAAGAUUUUGGUCAGAUGCCAUUAGGCAAGAAACAGGCCAAGUAUUUGUAUCCUGAAGAGAAACUGAGUUUAUUACGCAAAUUUAAUGUUGUUUUAGAUUGCUAAUUAGCUGAAUUGAAAAACCGACUUACUUUAACUAUGACCCAACUCCCUUUUAAUGAAAGGCUCAGAUAGCCUAAAUUGAAUUUUUUCCUUGAUGAAUGACUAGAUGUGCAAUAUUAAGCUACCCUGUCAAUGACUCUUUUCUUCAAUCCAGUUUAAGGAAGCUCUCUUUUAAAGACGUCAAAGUAAGUGACUUUGCAAACGUGUUUUAAUUUUGGACUGCACGCAGUCCGUGUUCGAAUAUCGUGUCCUUUGGCAAUACAUCACACGAGUUCAGAUGUGGUCAUUGUGUGAACUCUGCAUUAAAAUGUCCAGCAUUAAAACUCGGUUGGCUCAUUGUGCUGUGUUCAAGGGCAUUCUACCAACGCCAUCUUGCUCUAGUCGAGAGGGGAAGCAAUAAUAAGGGCAGUUCAUGCCAAGAAAUAACCAAAAUAAUCUGUAUGUGAUGGGCGACUAGACUUGCAAGAAGAAAUCUUUAUUUAUCUUUUAACUCGUCUGGUCAUUUAUUGUUAUUUGUGAUUUAAUUUGUUUAAUUUGUUGUACGCCUUUCUUUGAUGUGCUCUCUCUCUUUUUUUUUUUCCCAAGCUAUUAUUAGACUUCCUAAUGUAUCUUAUGCACCAUGGUCUGUCUGGCUUUGGAGAAGAAGUUGAUUGUAAAACUCUGAAGUAUCCACAGGUAGAGUUAAAGUAGUUUAACCCUCUCCUAAGAAGAAUGCUACAUUACGUAACCGUGUCUCAGUUAUUCGCUGGAGCCAUUUCAGUUAGAGAAGCCUUUCGACUGAGUGUCCAAAGCCAAAAUCAAAGUAAUCAUUACGGCAAAUCAGGAAAAAGGAAGAUACCAUAAAAGGCCAAUGAGAAUUUGAAGCAAAUUGAUUGGAGUGCGUGACUCAAUCGCGAUUGGUUUUAAGUUGACAUCUGAUUGUUGAGAGAGUGGCGCAAGAUUUUUAGUUCAAUCAGAGCGAAGUAAAGCAAAGCCGAUGCAAUCCUGUUCUACUUUCGACGCUUGAUCGAAGUGAAAUCACAGAAACUGUUUGAAACAUAAGAUAUCGUAAGUGACUUAGUCACGAUUGGUUAAAAGGGUUGUGUGGCAAUUUGAAAUUAAGCGUGGGAAAUUUACUUGGAAUGCGUUGGUUUUGCAUCGCUUUGCUUUCUGACUGGCUCAGAUAACCCGCGCCACCCUUUCAACCAAGUCAAAUUCAAAAGUAAAACCAAUUGCUUGUAAAGUUUUCGCCUUCCUCCGCGCUUCAGGCAGUCUGCUUGCUCUGAUUGGCUCCUUAUAAGAUCUUUCUCCUCUUUGAUUGGCCGCUGUGAUUACUUUGGCUUUAGUGUCAAGGCACUCUAUCAAAAAGCACUCUGAAGGAAAAUCCAAGAUAUGUCAAAUCACUUUCGACAUUGAAUUGUAAAUUAUCUCUUUUUCCUAAGCCAUUUUAUCCGUCCUAGGUCCUUGACUGGGCAGGAUUGCUGUUAAACGCUCAUUACACCCAACUGGUGCUCAUACCUGAAGCCCACGAAGUACUGGUCAGCUGUCAUCAACUUGUGGCUAAACAGGUAUAACAAACUUCAGCAUUAGGGUGGGGAGGAUAGGGCAGGGUAGCUGGAUUCUUUUUUUUGUCUGAUGCUUGUGCUUUGAAAUCAAAUGAGCUCUAGAGAAGGAGGUACAGCAUUCAUUUAUGAUAAAGUGAACAAAUGAUAAUCACAGUCUUUUUUCCAAAACUUGAUUGAGAAACAAGUUUUUUUCUUUUUUGAAGCUUCAUAGCAGUUCAUGGGGUGUGAGGCACAAGGGAUAGAAGUUUUCUCCGGAAAAUGCUGGUUUAUUUUUUAAGUGUUUAAUGUCAACAGACACUCGAAUAUGCGAUGAGUACUUAUUUGUGAUACAUUUUACCGCCCACGAUUUAAACCAUCUACUAACUUGGUAGCCAUUUUUUAUGUUGGUGAGGAAUAUCUUACUUAAUUCAAGUGAGAUGGCCUUGCCUAUAGUAAUGUAGUAUUCUCUCUAACGACCUAGGCAUUGAAGAUCAUUUCUCACCUUUUUAUAAUAAUUUUUUUUCUUUAGGUGCGUACUUAUGAUAAGCUGCGUUCUGUGGAAAGUUUCUUGGAUCAUUUUCGGAGACGGAAGGCUCUACCCAAAGCAGAGAAAGUGACACCUUACAGCAUCGAAACGCUGGAAUUAUGAAACGACGUAUCUCUGAAUGAGUGGUACUUCUAUUCUUUGAUGUUGAAGAUUGGGUGUGAGGAAUGCAAUCGUGCUCUCUGUUCAUGCUAGUAGUGACGAAUGAGAAAAAGGAUCAAUGAGGCAUUGACCGCACUCUCGGCGCAAACAGUCCUCACUUCUACCAACAGCUGAUCUUUUGCCCAACCUGGUUGUUAC